UCUGAUGCUAUCGACAUGACAUGGCCUGCAUCUUGCAACUCUGCAGCUGGACUGUUCAACAGCGGAAAUACCUGCUUUCUUAACAGUGCCCUUCAGUGUCUCCUGCACACGCCGCCGCUACUCAGAAUAAUAAUUUCACACAAGACAUGCCGUAUGGAUAAAGGGUUUUGCAUGUCGUGCAAUCUCCGAGAAGUGAUAGUCAAGGCCUAUGGAUCGAAGGGUCCUGUUGUACCUUCCUCCAUAACCAACCGGCUACAAACCAUUGCCAAGCACAUGCGUAAAGGCAGACAAGAGGACACCCAUGAAUUUUUGCGCUAUGCGAUUGACGCUCUCCAGAAGUCUUGUCUAGCUGGUCAUUCGCCUAAGAUAGACCCCAAAAUUGCUGAAACAACUUGGGUACACAAAGUUUUUGGCGGGCGGUUGCGCUCUCGGGUGACCUGUCGCGAUUGCGGUCAUAACAGCGACACCUUUGACAGCAUAUUGGAUCUCAGUCUAGACAUCCACAAGUCUGAAUCACUCAGGGAUGCACUGCGAACUUUUGUGGCAAUCGACUAUCUGAGAGGUGCUGACAAGUACAAGUGUGAAAAGUGCAAGAAACACGUUGUAGCGGAGAAACGAUUCACUAUUCAUGAAGCACCCUUGGUCUUAACAGUUCAUUUCAAACGAUUUUCGCCAAUGGGGCGGAAGAUCGGUCAUCACAUCAAUUUUGAAGAACAUCUCUCACUCAAGCCUUUUAUGAGUGAAGGUCAACAUGGCCCCUCAUACUCGUUAUAUGGUAUUAUCUGCCACGCUGGCGGUGGGCCUAAUUCAGGGCAUUAUUAUGCUUUCGUAAAGGCGAAAGAUGGACAGUGGUGGGAGAUGAACGAUGAAAUGCGGUCGCGCGUUGGAAGUGCACCGACCAACAAAAAGACGGCGUACAUGCUCUUCUACAUCCGA